AUGUCUUCCCCAAAUAAGUCCAAUUCCCCUUCAGCGGCCGCGGAUGCCGAGCAGCCAGAAGAGAAGCCGCGCCUGACCGAGGCUGAGAAGAAGCAGAAUCACAUCGCAUCCGAGCAAAAGCGACGCCAGGCCAUCCGCGAGGGUUUCGACCGCCUGACGGAGCUGGUCCCCGGCCUCGAAGGUCAGGGCCGCUCUGAGGGUCUCGUUUUGAAAAAAACUGUGGAGUUCAUGAAGGAGCAGCUCAGGCAGCGUCAGGAAUUGGUCGAGCGCAUUGAGAGUUCUGGAGGCGAGGUUGACGAGAAGUACAAGCGACCACUGUUCCAUCAGCAGGCGAACAGCACUUCCAAUAGGACUAGGUGA